GUGUAAUGUAAACAAUAAUUCCGUCUUCAAUUUACAAGUCUUCUUAUUGAUUUAUUUAUUAAUGUGCUCAUAAAUUUAUGUUACAUUGGUUCCUCAUCUUCUUUGUUUGUAUUGUAGAAAAUAAAUUCAUUUGUUUCACGAAAAUGCCCAGUCAGUACGAAGAAGAACGUGGCUGGGAUUCAUCGAACCACAAUCAAUAUGAAGAUGAAGGUGGCGACGAUGGUAUCGGAAAUCCUGAAGAAGUUUUACAAGAAUGUCUUGAGAAAUUUAAAACUCCAGAUUAUAUUAUGGAACCAGGAAUUUUCAGUCAAUUGAAGCGAUAUUUCCAAGCUGGAGGCAAUCCUGAACAAGUUAUUGAACAACUAUCCAUAAACUAUAGUGCAGUUGCACAAAUGGCCAAUCUUUUGGCAGAAUGGCUUAUACUUGGAGGAGUUAAAGUAACAGAGGUACAAGCCAUGGUUGAAAAUCAUCUAAAGGAUAUGAUAUUAAAAACUUUUGACCCUAAAAAAGCUGACACUAUAUUUACAGAAGAAGGUGAAACUCCAGCAUGGCUGCCUGAAAUGAUUGAGCAUCCUACUUGGCGAUCAUUGAUAUAUAGACUGGCAGAAGAAUAUCCUGAUUGUCUAAUGCUCAACUUCACAAUAAAGUUAAUUUCUGAUGCUGGCUUCCAAGGUGAAAUCACAAGCAUAUCAACGGCUGCACAGCAAAUUGAAGUAUUUUCAAGAGUUUUGAAGUCUGCCAUAGUGGGGUUCUUGCAGAGUUCUGAUGACUGGCAAAAUAGUGUCAAUGAAUGUGCUAAAAUGGUUUGCCAUGGAGCUCAUACAUAUGUUUAUAGCCAAGUGAUUGUGCACAUACUGUCUCAAGAGCCAAGAGGAGGUGCAAUAAUGAAGAGACUGGGACAAGAAAUAACAAGAUGCGCUCAACAAGGUGGCCACGAUGUUACACCAAUAACUUUAGCUUUGACAGCGGGUGAAUCUUGGCGGAAUGCUCGCACAGCUUUAGCGGCAAUGCUGUCACGUGGUGCCCUCAAUCCGGCUGACAUCUCAGUCUUAUAUAGAGCCUACACACAACCUGAACCACCUCCAGUGCAUCUAUUGAGAAUACCACAAUUUUUAGAACUUCUUGUUGAUGCAUUAUUCAAGUUGGGCAGUAAACUAAAUCCAGAACACAAAUCCAAGUAUAUGUAUCUUCUGGCAUAUGCUGCUAGUGUCUGUGAAGGUCUUUCACCAGGAAGACCAGUGAAAGAUGAACUGAAAGCAACUGUUCAAGCCAUUGAAAAAGUACAUGCUGUUUGCGGUAGUUCUGCUAGUUCAAGUGAACUGAUUGCUGAACUACCAACUCUGUACCAUUGUAUAAGAUUCCCCGUAGUUGGUAUGGGAGUGCUUGUAUGGGUAGAGUGUGUUGUUACGGAGCCAUCAUAUUUCAAACUGUGCACAGAGCAUUGUCCUGUUCAUUUGGCCCUAUUGGAUGAAGUUGCAUCUUGUCAUCAUUUACUACACCAUAGAUUAUUGCGGUUACUAGUUCAACUUUUUGAAUCACCACAAGAUGAAUUGGAGAUACUAGUUCAGUUGGAGUUGAAAAAAAUGCUUCUUGACCGCAUGGUAAACUUGCUCAGUCGCGGUUGUGUUGUUCCUGUAUUACGCUACAUCAAACAAUGUUGGCAACGUGGCGAUACCGACAUCUCUUUAAUAAGAUACUUUAUCACAGAGGUACUCGAUGCAAUAGCACCUCCUUACACCCCUGAAUUCGUGCAACUGGUUCUACCCAUGGUAGAAAAUGAAGAAAUCACAGGAACCAUGAGAGCAGAGGGCGAAAACGACCCAGUGUCAGAGUUCAUAGUUCACUGCAAAGCACAUUACGUGGUGGUUUAGUACAAAACAAGACCUACCCUACUAAAUAAAAUGAUAAAAAUGUUUCAAAAAUUACAUCGUAAUUAU